AUGGCGACGGCGAUGGGCGCGAUGGCCGCCACCUCCCUGGCCCCGAUCCUGGCCGCUGCUACGUUCCCCGGUGAUCUGGGCCUCGGACGCCGCCGGGCGGCUGUGCCAGGGUGGCGUGCCGGCGGGAGACGGCUGCGUGCGGCGCCGCCUGCCCGGAGGCCGAUCCUGUUCUCGCCGAGGGGCGUUUCGGACUCGCGGAGCUCGCAAACGUGCCUUGAUCCGGACGCCAGCACGAGUGUUCUUGGGAUCAUCCUUGGAGGUGGUGCUGGGACAAGGCUGUAUCCACUGACGAAGAAGAGAGCGAAACCAGCAGUGCCGUUGGGCGCCAACUACAGGCUUAUAGAUAUCCCUGUCAGCAACUGUCUGAACAGUAAUGUCUCCAAGAUAUAUGUGCUAACACAGUUCAACUCUGCUUCGCUCAACCGCCACAUCUCGAGGGCCUAUGGGAACAACAUUGCCGGGUACAAGAAUGAGGGAUUCGUUGAGGUCCUUGCAGCACAACAGAGUCCAGAGAAUCCCAACUGGUUUCAGGGUACCGCAGAUGCUGUGCGUCAAUAUAUGUGGCUAUUUGAGGAGCACAAUGUCAUGGAGUUCCUUAUUCUGGCUGGAGAUCACCUGUACCGUAUGGACUACCAAAAGUUCAUUCAGGCCCAUAGAGAAACAGAUGCUGAUAUAACUGUUGCAGCCCUGCCAAUGGAUGAACAACGUGCAACUGCAUUUGGUCUUAUGAAAAUUGAUGAUGAAGGGAGGAUAGUUGAGUUUGCAGAAAAACCAAAAGGAGAGAAGCUGAGAUCAAUGAUGGUUGACACCACUAUAUUGGGCCUUGAUCCUGAGAGGGCCAAGGAACUGCCUUAUAUUGCUAGUAUGGGAAUCUAUGUUUUUAGCAAAGAUGUGAUGCUUCGGCUUCUCAGAGAAAAGUUUCCUGCAGCAAAUGACUUCGGAAGUGAGGUUAUUCCUGGCGCAACAGAAAUUGGAUUAAGGGUGCAAGCUUACUUAUAUGAUGGUUACUGGGAAGAUAUUGGUACUAUUGAAGCAUUUUAUAAUGCAAACUUGGGAAUAACCAAGAAGCCUGUACCGGAUUUUAGCUUCUAUGACCGUUCUGCUCCAAUUUAUACGCAACCUAGAUACUUGCCUCCUUCAAAGGUUCUUGAUGCCGAUGUGACGGACAGUGUUAUUGGCGAAGGUUGUGUUAUUAAACAUUGCACAAUCAACCAUUCCGUAGUUGGACUCCGUUCCUGCAUUUCUGAAGGUGCAGUCAUAGAGGACUCUUUACUAAUGGGUGCAGACUAUUACGAGACUGAGGAUGAUAAGAAAGUCCUUUCUGAGACUGGUGGCAUUCCCAUUGGUAUUGGGAAGAAUGCACAUAUCAGAAAAGCAAUAAUCGACAAAAAUGCUCGUAUUGGAGAAAAUGUCAAGAUAAUCAAUUUUGAUAAUGUCCAAGAAGCAGUAAGGGAGACAGAAGGAUACUUUAUCAAAAGUGGCAUUGUCACAGUGAUUAAAGAUGCCUUAAUCCCUAGUGGAACAAUCAUAUAA